UAGCAUCAAUAUCUCCCCAUUUCUCUGAAGAUCUGGGUCGUCUGGCUCAGUCUCUGUGUCUUGUCAACCCGUGCAUGGGGGUGUGGGCAUCCUGCCUGUGUGGGCACCUGUGUUACCCAGUGUCCGUGUGUCCUGCCUCUCUCUGUCUGGUCUGCCUGUGCACGUGGCUCUGCGAGUCUACAGGUCUUUUGGGGGUAGGGGGGACCGGCUUCAAGAGGCGAAGGAGGAGGAGAGCCCUGCUCUCGGUCUCGGAGGAGGUCCCGGAGAUGCCCGGAGUCCAGCCACGUGGAGCAGCUUCUGAACGGACUCACUUCCAGAGCCGGGGCUACACAGGAUGACUCCGCCCUCAGACGCAGACGCCGAGGUGCCAAGAGGGCCAGCUAAAGGCCUACCAUGACUCUAUUCCACUUUGGAAAUUGCUUUGCCCUGGCCUAUUUCCCCUACUUCAUCACAUACAAGUGCAGUGGCCUGUCAGAAUAUAAUGCUUUCUGGAAAUGCGUCCAGGCAGGAGCCACCUAUCUCUUCGUGCAGCUAUGCAAGAUGCUGUUUCUAGCGACUUUCUUCCCCACGUGGGAAGGUGGAGUUGGUGUCUAUGAUUUCAUAGGGGAAUUCAUGAAGGCAACGGUGGACCUGGGUGACCUGGUGGGUCUACACCUGGUCAUGUCUCGUAAUGCCGGGAAGGGCGAGUACAAGGUCAUGGUGGCGGCCCUUGGCUGGGCCACAGCAGAGCUCAUCAUGUCCCGUUGUAUCCCUCUCUGGGUCGGGGCACGGGGCAUCGAGUUUGAUUGGAAAUACAUCCAGAUGAGCAUUGAUUCCAACAUCAGCCUGGUCCAUUACAUCGCAGUCUCUGCCCUAGUGUGGAUGUUUACUCGGUAUGAUCUACCUCGCAACUUCCGCCCGCCAUUGACUCUGCUUCUGGGAAUCAGCGUUUACAAAGCGUUUAUCUUGGAGGCUUUUGUCCACCUCUUCUCCCUGGGCAGCUGGACGGCGCUGCUGGUCCGAGCAGUGAUGACUGGGGUCCUUGCCCUGAGCUCCCUCAGUCUCUUCGUCACUCUCGUGCAUGGCAACUAACCCCCUUCCCCAACCUCUUCCAGGGACCCCAACUCCAACUCCUGGGCUUAGUCCCUCUGUUUAGAAUUAAAAGAGUUCUUAUGUUUUUUUUCA